AUGGAUUCUUCAAUUAAUUCCCAUUGUGAACCUCCUCCAUCAAAUUCUGGUCUAAAAAAGCGACCAGCACCUAUCAUUAGAAGUCGAAUAACACCAACAACUGUGGAUCUUGAUGAUCCUGUACCACUCGAGGGCUCACAUAUUGAUCGAAACGUAAAUGCGAUUUCGAAUGAACAAGCUGCAUCAAACAAUCCGAGUAAUAAUGAUUGUAAUGUUACAUUCCGCCCAAUACAACCUGUGUCAUUAAAUCGAAAAAAUAUUCUAGCGCAUUUAGCAAAAGAAAAUAGUAAUCAUGGCUCAAAUUUAUUAAAUCCAUCUGAUAAAACUCUAUUCUAUGUAACAUCUUCCGUAUUUGACGAUGAUUCAGUGACUAAUUCAAACUCUUAUUCUUCAUUCGAACAGGCAUUACUAUCGAAAUAUGCAGAAAAUAAUUUAUCCAUUUCAAAUGUUCAUGAGCAAAACGAUCAAUCAAGAUCUAAUUAUGAAAUAAAUAAUCGAUUUCUAGCUGGUCAAAUGGAUAAACGAUCGAAUUCAGCUUCAAAUUUACUUGAAAAAUUUUCAAAUUCAUCAUUACACGAUGAUGACGACGACGAUGGUGAUAAUGAUUCAAUUCUACCAAAUCCAACAACAGUUUAUAUCGAUCGAGUACAAGAAAAUCCGAGUAAUCGUGUGUGCGCUGAUUGUAAUGCCGAAUAUCCAACAAUUGCCAUCAUGUCUUGGCUUUUAGUGAUAUGCAAAAAAUGUGCUGCUAUUCAUCAUCGUUUAACCUCGAAAUUCCUGCUUCUUCAAUCCUUGAUUAGUACUACUUGUGAUUGGGAUUUAAUUGACCUAAUUAAUGAUUAUGGUAAUAGAUAUUCAAAUAGCUUAUUAGAAUAUGGUUGCUCAAAAGAUUCUAAACCUAAUAAUGAUUCAUCAGAAUUCGAACGUAAACAAUACAUAAGAAAAAAAUAUGUAGAAAAAGGUUUUCUUAAACCGUAUGAUUUAAAUCGUGAUGCAUAUACACAAGAUCAACUGAACAAAAUGUUAUAUGAAAAUGUUGAAACAGCUGAUUAUAAAAUUACAUUACACUUGAUUAUGUUAGGAGCUGAUACAAAUUAUUCGGAAAAGAACUUUGCUACAGCAGAUCAAGCUCAACGACAUCAACAAAUCAAACAAAUGAAAGUUAUUUUAGCUAAUGGAGGUUUAGCUGAAUUCAAUGUAACGAAAACAAACAUCGAUGAUGUAAAUGAAAGUAUUGUUUAUCUAUCAAGUAAACAUGGAGUUCUUAAAGAAUUCUUAACCCGUUAUGAAAAUGAUCGUCUCAAAGUUUAUGCUCCAGCUCGUACUAAUGAUAAACCUCAACGAUGUUUGUUGGAAAUUGAUUUAAAUAAUGUACUUGCUAUAUGUAACCAGUCAGUUAAUGCUGUUUCAUUGAAAUGUCGUUUAACUACUGCACCAAUAAUCAAUACAAAUAGUCAAUGUUCAAUAGUUGUCGAUGAGCAAACUUCACUAAAUGAAUAUGUAUGGGUUUUUCCAAAUGAUCUUGAACGUUCCUUGUGGAUACGUGAAAUAAUUAAACGGCAAUACUGUUAUUAUCAAUUGAUAUAUUCCGAUUUUAUUCUAUUAAUGAAAUUAAAUAUUCAAGAAGGAGUAAAUGCUGAAAAACAGCAAGUUAUAGGAAUUGUGUAUCCCGGACGUUUUGUUAUUUAUUCAGAUCGAAUGUUUGAUGAAGUUGAUCUAAGAAAAUAUUCUAGUUUAACUUAUCAAAAAGCAAAAGAGUUUACAGGUGUUGUUCUAUGUCUUGUUUCAAAUCGUUUUCUCUAUUUAUCAUCGCCAAUUAUAAAACUAAUGGAUAUAUUAUAUUCAUGUCUUCGUCAAGCAAUUAAAGUUAAAUCAUUAGCAAAUCUAAAUGAACAAAUAUUAACAUCACAGAAUAUACCGGUUAUCGUUGAAAGAUUUAUUAACUUUCUUUUUGAACACGGUUUACUAUCGAAAGGUAUUUAUCGUCAAGCAGGACAGGAAACAAAAAUAAAACAAUUAUUAAACGAAUGCCUCGAUGAUCCAUUUACUACCACGUUAACACGUGAAAAUUAUACUGAACACGAUGUUGCUAAUGCUUUAAAACGUUUUCUUCGUCAAUUAGAAUUGCCAUUACUUGGAACACGUCAAAAUUAUCAAGCAUGGUUACGUUCAACGGUUGAUGUUACAAUGACUAGCGAACAAUUAAUACAAUAUUAUCGUGCAUUACUUAAAAAUUUAAAGCAACACUUUCCAGUCAAUUAUUUGACAUUAAGAUCAAUACUAAUGCAUAUACAUACUGUUGCUAUGCUAUCGGAUGUCAAUUCAAUGACUCUAUCGAAUCUUAUUGCGACAUUUGGACCAUGUCUUGUAUCUCAGCCGGCAACAAUGCCAACGAAUUCGAAUUAUGGAAUGCAAGAUGAUUACGUAACAUCAGUUGAUGAUAUGGAUAUGAGACGUUUUAGAAAUCAAAAUGAAGCAGUUCAACAAGAUCGAAUAAGCCCAUACAAUAGUCCAUCAUUGAGGAAAAUUCAGCGAAAUCGAUCUUUUCAUUCUAUUCGUGAUUCCAUAGCAUCGAUUUCAACAUCACCUCAAUUUCCAUUAACACAAAGCUACGCUCAUGUUGCACCCUCGAUACAAGCCGAUCUGGAAAUUUUGACUAAUCUGUUUCAUUACUACGCGGAUUUAUUCGAUGUAACCGAUGAAGAAUUCGAACAUGAAAAAACAUGCAUAGAAACAUUAGUUUCGAUACGUAAUAAUCCAUCUAGUCCACGCAGAUUAGAAGGCGCAUUGUUUUCAGUUUAUUUUGAGUCUCGUUCCGAUGAAUUAAAUGGCUAUGCUAUGUAUGUUUUUGAGAAAGAAACAACGGCUGAUACAAUCAUUGAUAAAUUAUUAACCAAAGUUAAUACAAAUGAUUCUUUCUUUUGGGCUUUAUUUGAAGUUAUUAUUGAUCAAAAUCUCGAACGACCAAUGUAUUCGUGUGAAAAUAUUUCAGAAGUUUUCCAUCGUUAUCGAACAUAUUUAUCACAUGAAUUAAAUCGACAAGCGACUUUUGUCGUUAAACAUAAUUAUGUUCAAUUUGAAAAGGAACGCUUAGAACAACGACAACAAACAUUUAAUAAUCAAUCAGUUCAAUGUGAAUAUUUCGAUUCAUCGAAUCAGCGAUGGACAUCAUGCAUAUGGAUAUUUGAAAGAGCCGUUCUUAAGAUUUAUCGAAUAUUGAAUAACGCUAAUGAUAAAGCAGUUAAAGUGAAAUUAAAUGCCAAUCAACAAGAGCCAAUCCUAAAUAUAUUAGAUCAACAAUCAUUAAUUUAUUCGUGGUCUGUUGAGGAUAUCUAUUUGUACAUUGGAGCUGACUGUCGAUUUGUUACUCCAUUCGAUAUGAAUGAAUAUCGUGUAUUGUCGAUUUUACCUCCACAAACAAAUGAAUCCAAUAAUGAAGAAACAAUAUUCGGUGUACCGUUUCGUUUUGCUGAUCGUAAUCAAAUGUUUUCCUGGUACCUUGAAUUAGUUCAUAUAAAUGGACAUGAUAAAUGGAUCCGACGAGGUCCACGUACAAUGCCAGAUGGUGUGAAUUAUUUACCACUGCAAAACUACCAUUCAUCAUCAUCGGUAUCACAGAAGAAAAGAACUGAUCUAUCAAGAAAUAAAUUCCUAGAUAAAGGACGACACCUCGCCGCAAAUUUUUGUAAACAACUACGAAAAUGA